AUGUCACUAAAAGUAAAUGGUUUCCGACCCCACGCGCCUUCGACAAAACUUGCAACUCCUACCAGCACAAGCUCUUCUACAAUUCAAAUAUCGGCUCAGACUUUAACAACAUGCCAACCUACAAAGCUAUUUAAUUACCACCAUGAAACUUCAAUCACUUCCCUAGACUUUGACGAUUCUGGCCAGUACCUAAUCUCCUCCGGAGUGGACAAGUCCAUACAAUUGUAUGAUUGCCACAAGGGGGUCCAUUAUAAAGAUAUACAGUCACAAAAGUAUGGGGCCCAUUCAGCUAGAUUCACCCACGAUGGACUCAAUUGUUUGUAUGCAUCUACUCCUGACGCACUGGCCACUAGUGAGGGAAAAGAAGAUGACACGAUCAGAUACCUCUCUUUAUCAAGCAAUCAAUACAUCCGUUACUUCAAGGGCCACAAAGCUCAGGUGUCCAAUAUUGAAGUAAAUCCGGCGCACAACAACUUUUGCAGCUCAAGUUAUGACGGCACUGUCAAAUUUUGGGAUUUGAAAAGCUCGUCUGCAACAGGUAGCAUCACCGUUGGCCAGAACUCAGUUUGUGGAUUUGACCCUCAGGGAAUUGUUGUCGCAGUAGGAAGGUACCCACUUGGUGAAUCUCAAAGUGGUACCUUGGGUUUAUACGACCUAAAGACAUUUGACAAGGGGCCGUUUGCAGAGGUGGCUAUUUCUUGCCUACAGAACCAAUUGUGGAACAAGUUGGAGUUUUCGAAUAAUGGUAAACUAAUAUUGAUCUCGACCGACUCGCGUGAACAUUAUAUUUUGGAUGCUUUCCUGGGUAAGGUCUUAGCAAUUGUGCGAUUGUCGUAUAGAAAUGAUCCGCAGUGGAUGUCGACUGAAUACCCAUAUAGCGGGUGUUGCUCAUUUACACCUUGUGGGAAAUUUUUGUUAGUUGGUAGCCCCAAAUCAAUAAUCCAUAUAUUUGAUGUAAGCGAUCUAAGAACGGAUGUUGAGCGUCCUGUGAUUUUGUCAAGAUCCAAUGAUAUAUUGAAAACAAGACAGUUACCCAAGAUAAUUUUGUUUAAUCCAAAGUUGUUUGUUUUUGCAACCGCUGAUACAACGGUUAAACUAUGGCAACCAUUUGAGAAUCAAACUUGA